UUUUAUUUUGGAUUGUCAAUGUCAUAAGCUAGUACCAAAAUAUCCUUCUUUCUGUUUGACGUUUGGCUGGUCGAAUCAGACUAAACCAAAAUGGUGAACGUACCAAAACAACGUAGGACUUACUGCAAGAAAUGCAAGGUCCACAAAGUACACAAAGUUUCACAAUACAAAAAAUCCAAGGAAAGGCACGCCGCUCAGGGUAGGAGACGUUAUGACCGCAAACAACAGGGUUACGGUGGUCAGUCCAAACCCAUCUUCAAAAAGAAGGCGAAAACCACCAAAAAGAUUGUACUCCGUCUUGAGUGUGCUGACUGCAAGGUUCGAUCACAGGUGGCCUUGAAGCGUUGCAAGCACUUCGAACUCGGAGGAGACAAGAAGAGAAAGGGACAGAUGAUUCAGUUCUAAACAUGUAAUAAAUAAGAAUAACAACUAA